UCUUUCGGUUUCGCCUUUUCAACUCGAUUACCUCUGGGAUCGACUGUCCAGGUCUUACUCUUGACAUUACAUUGUACAACAAUGGCAGGAGUUGAGACAACACAACCUGCCCAGGUUGAUAUUUCCAAAACUAGCAGCGUGCCAGCUGAAGGAUAUGACAAGAAAUGUAUUUUCUGCAAGAUUGUAAACAAUGAAAUCGGCACGGACCUUCUUCACAGUGAUGAGGAGAUUUCAUGUUUUAGAGACAUCAAACCUGGAGCUCCCCACCAUUACCUGGUCGUCCCUAACAAACAUGUUGGGAACUGUAAAUCCCUCAGCAAAGAUCAUGUGCCUUUGGUGAAGCGGAUGGUCGAGACAGGGAAGGAGAUCCUCCAGAAAAACAACAUAACAGACCUCACUGAUGUCAGGUUUGGUUUUCAUUGGCCCCCAUUCUGUUCUGUGACACACCUACACCUUCAUGUCUUGGCACCUGCUAGUCAAAUGGGCUUCAUGUCUCGCCUUUUCUUCAGACUUAACUCCUAUUGGUUUAUCACAGCAGACCAGCUGAUUGAGCUUCUCAACACUAAAGGAGAGACCAACUGACCACUUGCUUUGGAUCCAGUUCUUACAGUACUUGACUGUGAUCAAGUGACUGAAACGUCCACCUUCUUGCAGAUGUUAUGUUGGAUGACACACACUCACAUUAAGUUGCUGUUUGGCCAGAGCUAAUGACAGUAUUUUAAACUGGUGACAUAUUUGUAACAAGAGACCGCAUAAAAGGCUUGAAUGAAGUGCUCUAGGAUCAUAAGUACUUAAAGUGUUUUAAAUGUUUUUACAGAAGUUAAUUAAAUCUCCAUUAAUCUGCCGUAAUAAAAAUGUAUAUAGUUAAUGGACCAAGUUGUAUACAGUGUGAUUCACAUCUGUUAAUCACCAGAGGAAAUGUUGAAGGCAUUCUUUCUUUUCACUGAAUGGAAAGGUGGGCUGAGUAGAACAAUAGAUGUAUUGAAAUGACGUGUAUCAUUUUCAUUAUCGUCAUUUCACAGCCAGAAAUGCCCAUGUAAUUAACAAGUUGUUUGAUUUCCUGACAUGCAGGACUGCCUUAGUGCUUUGCAGAUCUGAUUUUCUGCAUGUAUAACUGAAAUGUAUUUAAAAUUCUGUAAGAAAAAUGAAUUUGUAUGAUUCAAUAUGACACAACAUAUUGGACAGUUGUGUAAACCAUGAGUUCCUCAGCUACGUUGAGUUGUCUCUUUACUGAUGGGCAUUUUGUGCCAAGCUGACAUGGGCCAAAGCACAGAGUAACAUCUUCAUUAACUAUUUACAAGGCUCUUUUACAGUGGAAGCAACUAAGUAAUCCUCUGACACUGUAAAGUACACUUAAAGAUCUCAACAAGCACUGAAAUAUAAUGGGGAAUUUGUUAAGACAUGCUCAUUUUUGAUUUGAUGUAAUGUCUUAAGAUUGUGUUAAGAAAUAUAAUAUAAGCUGACUGGUUGGUGCAUCAAGUGAAUAUGCUAUACUACACUACUGUAUAAUAAGGCACGUAAAGAAAGAAAAUCAUACUCUGUACUGUACAAAAGUGUAUGCACUUUAAGAAUUAAUUUAAUUUAGAAUAAAUAUGUUAUUGCUUCUC